GCGCUACCACUUUUGACUUUUCUUUUUCCAAAUGACAUUUUAAAAACUUUCGCGUUUCGCGUUAGAUUGGUUAGAUUUUGUUAGGUCAGUAAAAUUGCGCAUUUGCGCAAUGAGGAGAACUGGACAUUACGAAGUGAGAAGAAGAUUUACCUAUCUCUGUUUCAAUACAUUAGGGGCCACUUUUGAAUGCGCCAUUCCUCUUCCAGGAGUAUAAGGUGUGUGGAUAAAAUUUACGUUACUCCCUACUCAUCUCUACCACCCGUUAGUGGUGGGUUGGCGGAUAUUAUUCUUCAAUAUAUUUUGCUGAAUUAAGAAAAAUGUCCUGCUCUGCUGAUUCAAAACAUGGAGAAGAUCUCGAUACUAGCCAUGAGAAGGAGAUGAAAAAACAACUCCAAGAAAGAGCAGAGAGAAAUCGGCAAAAAGCUUUACUUAUAAAGAAAUCAAAACUUAUUGCUCAUCCGUAUGCCAAGGAAGAUAAUGGUGAUUCCACAAAAGGAAGACAGUUAAAAGUACAUGGACAACGUGUCAUUGAUAGCGGUGGUGGUUUUCUUAUAGAAGAAGAUGACGAAUUGGAACAACAAAUGCUCAAUAUUGCCACAGUUCCCGCUCCAAUUAUCUCAGAAUUUCCUAUUUGUGAAGACUGUCAAAAAGAAUUUAAGGACUCUUACCUUCUGCAAACAUUCGACCUCGCAGUGUGUGAUUUGUGCAGAGACAGUCAGGACAAACACUCUCUUAUCACGAAAACAGAGGCUAAGCAGGAAUAUCUAUUGAAGGAUUGUGACUUCGAUAAAAGAGAGCCUCCACUUAAAUAUAUUAUACGAAAAAAUCCACACAAUGUGCGCUGGGGUGAAAUGAAGUUAUAUUUACAUUUACAAGUGGAAAAACGGGCGCUGGAAGUCUGGGGUUCUGAGGAAAAAUUACUUAAAGAACGAGAAUUGCGAGACGUUAAAAGAGAAGAAACUAAAAUCAAAAAGUUUAAUAAGAAGGUAAAAAAAUUGCGAAUGGAAGUUAGAAGUUCCUUAUAUGAUAAAACACAAAAAGCGUCUCACGUUCACACAUUUGGAGAAGAUACCUAUAACGAAGAUGAUGAUACAUAUACGCAUUCUUGCGUUACGUGUGGCUAUGAAGAAACAUAUGAAAAAAUGUAGACCAAAAAUUGCAUUUUCUGGUACCUAUAAAGUUUCGUACAAUCGCAGCCAUAGAUUAUAAGGAGUUUGCAUGAAGAAUUCUUAUAUAUUUUUAUUUUUCUAUUUAACGCAUCCUGUUCGUUUCCUACACACAUCAGUUUAUGCAUAUUCUUUAAUAAUGUAUUAUCCAGUGAAUAUAUUCUGUGAAUACAUUUCAUUAGGUCAUUAAUAAAAUAGCAGUAUUAUUUCUCAAAAUGUA